GGACAGAUCAACCCACCGUAGUUAUGGGUGUUUCUGGGAAGCCUACUGAACUUAUUGAAGUUAAUUCUGUUUUACAAGAUAAGGUUCCAGUCAUCAAAAGGUUCACUGGUGGAGGAACUGUAAUUGUUGAUCAUGGGACUAUAUUUGCUACCUUCAUAUGUAAUAAGGGUGCUGUUCCGCAUGUGAAACCAUACCCCCAACCUAUCAUGAGCUGGAGCAGCUUAUUGUAUGGAAAUGUGUUUCAAGGAAUUGGAGAAUUUGCUCUUCGUGAAAACGAUUAUGUAAUUGGCAGCCACAAGUUUGGUGGAAAUGCACAGUCGAUCACAAAAAAUAGAUGGAUUCAUCAUACAUCUUUUCUAUGGGAUUAUGCAAUACAUAACAUGGAUUACCUCAAGCUUCCAAAACGAGCCCCUGACUAUAGGCAGGCAAGAGGGCAUUUGGACUUCAUAUGCAGCAUGAAGGACUACAUAUCCAGACCAGACUUUGUCAGUAGGACCAUAGAUGCAGCAAGAAUUUACUUUUCUGUGAGACAAUUGGAACUGGAAGAAAUACAACACUCACUGAACAUGAAAUUUGCACCUACUUCUAGACUGUUAAUGGCAGAAGAGUUGGAGGAGGCUGCCAUUGUCCAACUUUCCAAGAACCCGAUCUCUCAGUCACUGUGAUUCUGAAACUUUCAUCAUGUCAUCUAUUGAUUGUCCAUUGAUUUUCAAGAACUUCACGGUAAACCCAGGUGCGGAGCUGUCUGGUAUUUUUUAAGCAUGUGAAAUUCGUUUGUUGUGCCGCUCAUGAACCUCUUCACAGAUGUUAGAGUUAAAGGUUAUACUUGCCACAAACUAUGUGGUACACCCGUUUUGCCAUGGUGAGUGGGAGGACAGUUUUUUGAAAUUUCAGUGUUUUGAGUUCUUAAUAAUGAGCUUUUUCAGUUAAGUUAUGAUAUCAAUCUACAACUUCUUCACGAAAGUUAAGAAUUCAGGACAUAUUUUAUUUUCUUCAUUAUUACCCUUCAAGCUACACUGAUUGUACAUUGGAAAAUUAAAAUGACACUAAUAAUCUGGGUGAUGUCUUCUACCUUACAUCGAGAACCCAAAUUUCAAAUUUGGUUGAAAAUGAGGGUUUUCUUUCAGUAAAUUUAUUGUAAAAUGUUGACAGUUUGACAUGCUUUAUGAGGAACAUGUUGAUGAUUGGGAUA